CGGCGGCGCGGGCGGGGCGCGCGCGGGCGCGGAGGGCGGCGGGCGCAGCAUGGGCGGCCCGCGGGCCUGGGCGCUGCUCUGCCUCGGGCUGCUGCUCCCGGGCGGCGGCGCCGCGUGGAGCGUCGCGGGAGCCCCGUUCUCCGGGCGCAGGAACUGGUGCUCGUAUGUGGUGACCCGCACCGUCUCGUGCCAUGUGCAAAAUGGCACCUACCUUCAGCGAGUGCUGCAGAACUGCCCCUGGCCCAUGAGCUGCCCGGGGAGCAGCUACAGAACGGUGGUGAGACCCACGUACAAGGUGAUGUACAAGACGGUGACCGCCCGAGAGUGGAGGUGCUGCCCUGGGCACUCGGGGGUGAGCUGCGAGGAAGUCGCAGGCUCUGCUGGCUUCGUGGAGCCCGGGUGGCCGGGCAACACCAUGCGGCGGAUGGCGCUUCGGCCCACAGCUUUCUCAGGUUGUCUCAACUGCAGCAAAGUGUCAGAGCUGAGCGAGCGGCUGAAGGUGCUGGAGGCCAAGGUGGCCAUGCUGACUGUCACGGAGCGGGCAGUGCCCCCCACCCCAGCGGCCCCUGAGGACCCUGCCCUGCUCUGGGGCUCCCCGGCUGCCCAGGGCAGCCCUGGAGAUGGAGGCUUCCGGGACCGAGUCGGUGCUCGGGGGCUGCCUGGGCCCGCUGGCCCGAAGGGAGACACCGGCAGCCGGGGCCCAGCGGGGAUAAGAGGCCCCCCAGGUCCGCAGGGUCCCCCAGGGAGCCCUGGCCAGGCUGGAGCAGUGGGCAGCCCUGGAGAGAGGGGACCUUCAGGCCCACCAGGGCCUCCUGGGCCCCCUGGGCCCCCAGCUCCCACUGGGCCAACUCAUGCCCGGAUCUCCCAGCAUGGGGACCCCUUACUGUCCAACACCUUCACUGAGACCAGCAGCCACUGGCCCCAGGGACCCACUGGGCCCCCAGGCCCCCCAGGCCCUGUGGGUCCCCCUGGACCUCCUGGCCCCACAGGUGUCCCUGGGAGUCCUGGACACAUGGGACCUCCAGGCCCCGUCGGACCCAAAGGACUCUCUGGCCACCCAGGAGAGAAGGGCGACAGAGGACUGCGCGGGGAACCCGGCCCCCAAGGCGCUGCGGGGCAGCGGGGAGAACCUGGCCCCAAGGGCGACCCUGGUGAGAAGAGCCACUGGGGGGAGGGGUUGCACCAACUACGCGAGGCUUUGAAGAUUUUAGCUGAGAGGGUUUUAAUCUUGGAAACAAUGAUUGGGCUCUAUGAACCAGAGCUGGGGUCUGGGGCAGGCCCUGCUGGCACGGGGACCCCCAGCCUCCUUCGGGGCAAGAGGGGCGGACACGCGGCCAACUACCGGAUCGUGGCCCCCAAGAGCCGGAACGAGAGAGGCUGAGGGCGGUGGCGGCCCCUGGGGCGGACCAAGCCAGGCUUCCCUUCCCAGCCCGGACCUGGCCAGCUGCCUCCAGGGACCGCCCGUCCAUAUUUAUUAAUGUCCUCAGGGUCCCUUC